UUCAGGGACGUCCUCGCCAGGGGAGGAAACCCCAAGGUGACCAUCCCAAUUGACAAUGGUGGGUCGGGGUGCCUGGUACUGUUUGCUGCUCACCAUGGCCACGCCCACCUUCUGCCCUGCCUGCUGGGGGCGGGGCUCAGCGUGGAGGGCAGCGGCACUGACGACCAAACACCACUGAUGGAGGCUGCCACAAAGGGCCACAAGACGACGUUAGAGAAGCUGCUCAGCCUUGGUGCCGACCCGCUGGCUGUUGACAAUGGAGGAUGGACGGCCCUCCACUGGGCUGCAGUAAAUGAUGAAGCUGAGUGUGUGUCUACCCUCAUCCCGGUCACGCCGCCCACCCCCGAGCUGCUGCAGGCCGCCGACGGACACACCCCGGUGCACCUCGCCAGCUUUGGUGGCCACGAGGCUGUGCUGAAGGCCCUGGAGGGGGCUGGCUGGCCUCUUUACGCAAUGGACGGCGAUGGCCUGACACCCCUGCACUGGGCUGUUAAGGCAGGGCGUCUGGACGUGGUCAGGUACCUGCUGGAUAAGGAUGCGGCGCCCAGUACGGGGGCCGGUGAUGACCUCACGCCGCUGGACUCGGCUAAGAGGCAGGGUAAAGACUUAGCAGCGAGGUGGCUGGCGAGGAGGAGCGGCGCGGUGCACGGGGACGCCGCCCAAAGCCCGAAUCCUGAGGUCACGUCCAGCGCCGGGGUGAACGCUGCAGCAGUUGACGACACGCUGCGGCCAGAGGACGUGAGGAAACUGCUUGGCUUCAGGGAAUGGCUGAUAGACUACUUGAACGAGAAGGAGCUCAUCACCGCCGUAAAGGCAGGAGACGAGGUCAUGGUCAGGAACGUCCUCGCCAGAGGAGGAGACCCCAAGGUGACCAUCUCAAGUAACAGUGGUGGGUCGGCGUGCCUGGUGUACUUUGCUGCCAGCCAUGGCCACGCCCACCUCCUGCCCUGCCUGCUGGGGGCGGGGCUCAGCGUGGAGGGCAGCGGCACUGACGACAUAACACCACUGAUGGUGGCUGCCACAAAUGGCCACAAGACGACGUUAGAGAAGCUGCUCAGCCUUGGUGCCGACCCGCUGGCUGUUGACAAUGGAGGAUGGACGGCCCUCCACUGGGCUACAGUAAAUGAUGAAGCUGAGUGUGUGUCUACCCUCAUCCCGGUCACGCCGCCCAUCCCCGAGCUGCUGCAGGCCGCCAGACACACCCAGUGCACCUCGCCAGCUUUGGUGGCCACGAGGCUGUGCUGA